AUGGAGACGGAAGAACUCACGAAACUCGUCGAUGGAAUAUACAAGAAUAUCCUGGACAAAUUUAAUCCGGGUGCCCGGCAAAUGAUAACAGCUGGGAAGGCAUACUUGAAAGCGUUACACGGAGCUGCUGCAGCUUCUCGACUCUAUGUAGAUGCUGUUGGAAAGCUUGGAAGACAGGCACAGCAGGGCACAUGGGGAGGAUGCGCCGACAUUGGGACUGCCCUGAUGAAAGUGGUGGAAGUCUACCGGGAAAUUCAAGAUCAACAAAUGAAUAUUCUAAAGGCAUUUUACGUGGACUUACUGGUACCCCUGGAAACUAAUCUGGAGAAAGAUACAAAAGUAGUGCAGUCUGAACAAAAACGGUUUUUGCAACAACAUAAGCUGCGUUCAGAGAGCUACAGCAAAGCAGCUGCCACAAUAAAAAAACAACGAAAGAAGAAAACUAAUGUCACCAAAGUUGGAUCCGCUAUGGACAAGGAAAUGAAGAACAUGCAAAUAUUGGAAGAGGAAAAGACAAAAUUGGAUGCGUUCUGUGAGCAAAGCUUGAAAAAUGCAAUGACACAAGAGCGACGUCGUUAUGGUUUCGUUCUUGAAAGACAGUGCUCUCUUGCUAAGCACUGGCUAGCUUACCACAGUGCCGGUGCGGCUGCCUACAAUACUGGCUUAGAAGAAUGGCUUGAAGUAUCAAGAACUAGAGAAUAUCUACCCCCUAACGUUGAAGCUAUGUUCGUCAGCAGAAUGAGGCAAGUGUCCUUUUGGGCUGAUGAAGAUGUAUACGCAAGUCCAAGAGCUGGGGAUGAUGACGAUCGUGCUUCUGUAGGCUCAGCCUUGAGGAAAACUCGCUCAGUUGAUGCCUCAUGUCUAGACGUCAGGUCCAUCGGAGAUUUGGGCUCACCUGCCCAAGGACUAUCGAGAGCGAAAUCUGACUUUAAUCUGCAAGCCAGUUCACAUACCGACGAACCAGAAAGCGAAAGCCGUAUUGCUACUCGUCCCUCAUCACUCGCCCCGCCAUCGUGCACAACUCGAGACCCACCAUUAGCUCGUGCCCUCUAUGCCUACGCUGCAGCUGGUGACAAUCAGCUCAGUUUCCAGCAAGGAGAUAUGCUCGCGCUAUUAGGAGAGAGAACUAAAGGAUGGCAAUACGGAGAGAACCUGCGCUCGCACCAAGCUGGAUGGUUCCCUUUGGCUUAUACAGAACCAAUUCCUACUGAUGAGAUUAUUGGCAGCUCCCCAGCUCGCUGGAGCUGCGCUCAGACUCCGAGUGAAGGCCCACCGCCCGCGCCCGUCGCCCACGCACAGACCACGCCGAGCACACCCUCGGUACACGCGCACUCACAUCCACCCACCAGGAUGUUCGGAGAUACUGUCACCGCUCAUCAUGUGAACAAGGGUCGUCUGGGAAGCGGAUCGCCAGGACUUCCACCAACUUUACCAGCGCCAUCGCCAAGUGCUCUGAGCUCAUCGGCUAGCGCUACCUUCCACGCUUCCACCCCCGCAUCAGCCCCUGGAAAUGCCAUUAAAAAUUCUACAUCAGCUGCUAGUUUCACGACACAUGCUAUCAUUGAAACUCGUAGCUUUGGACCUCAGACACUUCCCAUGCGUCAGGCGACACAGAACAAAGCAGGCCCAGCUAAAACAGUAGUGUCAGCUGUAGGUGCUGUCGGAAAUGUAUCGCUACAUAGCUCUAACGAUUCAGGUUUCUCAAAUGAACCCCCGCCCCAACCAGAUGUCGAUUACAGCGACGAGGAAGCACAGAGACUACGUGUGCCUAUAAGUAAAUCCGCCCAACAAAACAACGAACACAGAGCUUAUAUGCUUAAAACUCAGAGUUUAAGACGUGGAACAAAACCAAAUAGUCAACAGACUAAUGGAUAUCUUACUGAUGAUCAACAAUUGAUUCUUCGCAACAUGCUAGAUAUGGAUAAAGAUUCACAGAAAGUCAAAAGAACAAAAUCAUUUUGGAAGUUUGGUCGAACAACCUCUGAAGAAAUAAUGGAAGGAAUGUCACUUUGGCAGCAUCGUGAUAUUGUGGAUACUGUACCUGAAUAUAAAAAGAAGCUAUUUGUGAAGAUGAAAAAAGAACUUAGGCCUGCGCCAGAUAUACCUGAAAUACGUAACCCAACUAGUCCAGAGAAAUCUUCUCCACCAGAAAACGUUCAGUCACGAACAAAGGAAACUAUUGACAGGAAAGAAAUCAAAACUGUUAAUGGAAUGCGUCAAGCUAGAAGUUUAGGAUCAAUCCAAAAUGAGGAAACUUCUGAAAAGGUUAGGAAAGGAAAUGAAAAUUACAACCAACAACAGCAAAAUAAAGUCAUGAACAAAAAAAGCAUGUCUGAAAAAUCUAUUGUUGAAGAAAAACAAGAAGAUUUUGUACCUAGAAAUGAAUCUAGGCAUUCUGAUUUAACCAAUACUAGUACCAUCAAAACAAAUUUCGAAAACAGUUUUUAUAAUGACGAAAAUGGAGAAGGUUUUGUGAUGAAAACAGUUAAACGCAGAGAAAUUUUACAAAGAUAUGAUAACGAUAGCAGUUCUGAUGUUAAUUCUGUUGCUUCAAGUACUGAUCCUUACGACUGCAUUAUCGUUGAUGAUCAUAUGACUUCAAGGAAGCAACAAGAACUUGACAGACGUAGACAGGCACAAAUGUUAGAAAAUGAAGUAAAGAAACGAAAAGAAAAUGCUUAUAUGCCAGAGUUUGAAGAAAUUGAAGUUACUCCCAUAAAACCACAUGUGCGUGCUACCCUGUCUUCCGAAAAGGUAAAAAAACUGUCACAUGAACGAAGUCCUCCUAAGGUUAUGGAGUUUAAGACUUUCAAAGACAAUUCUAAAGAAAUCAAAACGUUUUCGGCUUCAUCUGAAACAUUGAAGUACAAAGAUGAACAACAAACUGAUCGCUAUGGAAUUCCAACUGAACGUAACAAUAACGAAAUUCAUGAAGAUGAUGGUUAUAAUGGACAUGAUGAAGGAACUCUUAAAGGAUAUAAAAAGCGUUCGGGUAAAGAAGAAAAGAAUCGCCAACAAAACACCAUGGAAAAUGGAAAGAACUACAAAAAGGAUUACCCUCAAGUGGAGGCCAGGUCACCCAAAAAAGACGUUAGACCGUACGAAAACAGAGAGCCAAGGAUUGACUACUCAUUAGACAGACGCCAAAUGAGAAAAGAAUUUUCCGAAACAAAGACGAGGAGCGAUCCCAGGAGUAAAAGCAGAGCUAAUAGGAGCUAUGAUGAUAGUACAUUACCGUACAAUGGACGUAGAGAUGAAAGAUAUUAUGAGUCAAACAUAUCAUAUUUCAGUGACCAAGAGCGCCGGGUAUCUCGUUACGACUAUGAAACUGAUUCAAAGAAGGCAGAAAAAUCAAAAAUGCGUCUGGAAGAAGCUAAAUUGGAAGCAAGACGAUUCAUAGAUCGUAGGAGUGAGGGUCCGUAUAGCGAAUCUGAUGACCAGAAAUUUAAUGAGGCAUUGAAACAACAAAGACCGCAGUUACUACCGCGAACGAAGCUAUUGAAACGAACAGCGGAUGGGAAUGAACUUCCCGAAGAAGGUCAUACAUUUGGACCAUGGUACGAUUUAUGGGGCCGAGAAACGGCAGUCUACAAAUAA